GAGAACACAACAACAUUUCAGGAAGACCGACAGAAAACACACGUAUCCUACAACACUAUUUUUUCAAGUGAAAACAUUGUUGAGAUUUGUUAAAAUUAUGAUCCGGAUUCCGAUGAGAACUUUGACUUUAGUUACGUCAAGUCUACCGUUAUUGGGGUUCAUUAUCUGUGUGUUAAUAUCUUUUUUCAAGGAUUUUGAAGGAGUGAACUACACCCACUGUAGAGUUUACAAUUUCCUGCCAUCUAUCAGUGCCAGUAUUGGUGGCUUUACACCCCAGCGCUACAUAUGGCGCGUCGCUGUGGCCUUUCACACCACUCCAAGAUUUCUGUUUGCAUUUAUGUAUUACAACUGGCAUCGUCAGGAUACCCAAAAUUGGAACAAAAACUCUAAGUAUAAAACUCUUUGUCAAGCAAACCUUGGAGUAAACUUAGCAGAGUUGUGUUGCUUGCUUGGUCUGACAUACGUCUCGUCAGAAGAAGACUACAAAAUACAUGAGAAGUGUUUUAUAUUCUUCGUUGUGUUUGCUUUCAUCUAUAUGGUCACAACAUGCUGUCUGUGUCAUAUGAGAAAAACACCAAUGAUUCAACGUUCACGGCGGUUAAAACAUUAUGCCUUUAUUGCUUUUGUGCUGUCAAUAUGUGGAUUUUCAUACUUUUUUGUGAGGCACAAUCUUUACUGCGAACCAUAUGUCUACAGUAUGUUUGCAUUUUGUGAGUACAUCUCGGUGGUCAGUAACAUUGGUUUCCAUGCAACGGUUGCCGUUGACUUCCGAGAUACAAACAUCGUCAUCUCUAGCUUGGAUAAUGAACCAGUAAACACACAAAAUGGCUACCUCCUGAGAUAAAAGGUUUUAAUGAAAGUUUAUUUGUAUUUUGCAAAUAUGUUACUGAUCAUCCACCACCAAUGGGCUGUAAAGUUGACACUUUCAC